UGCAAGGAGUGGUUUGUGUGGAGAGAGGCGUCCCAAAUCAAUGGAACAUACCCACGCACAGUGAAAAAAGCACAUCCUACAGUCUCAUCCACCGUCAAAACAAACUUAUCGCGUCGGUAGUUUUAGUGGCGCUUUGUUUGGAGGAAUGAGCAGCUGUGGAUGAAAACUGCGUCUGGACGGGACACACAAGAGCCACCGCCGCUGGAUGGUUGGGGAUUUCUAAGUUUCGCCCUCCUAACAUGAGCUGUGUCUGAAGAAGUUUACCUACUGUUGAAGUCCACCUUGGAAGAUCAUGCUGUCCUUCCUGCUGUCUGCAAUGAUGGCCGUCCAAGCCCUGGCUGUGAUGGAAGUGCAAGUCCCUGAGCAGCCGGUGGUGGCGCUGCACGGCAUGGACGCCACACUCAACUGCUCCUUCAGCCACCCCAGCCUCUUCAACCUGUCGGAUCUGAGCAUCUUCUGGCAACUGACAGACACUCAACGUAGCGUACAUGAGUACAGCCAGGGACGUGACCAGCUGGAAGGCCAGGCUAAGAGCUUUGCCAACCGUACCAGUCUGUUCUCCACCCAGCUGGGCCUGGGUAACGCUUCGCUCCUGCUGAGAAGGGUGAUGGUGGCUGAUGAAGGCAGCUAUACCUGCUUUGUCAGGGUACAGGACUUCGGUAGUGCUGCUUUGUUUCUGCAGGUGGCUGCCCCUUACUCCAAACCAGUGGUGACUUUAGAGUCGGAUUCCAACCUUCGUCCAGGUGAUGAGUUGGCCCUGACAUGUGUGGCCUACGGUGGCUAUCCUGAACCGAUCGUAAUAUGGCAGGAUGAGGGCAGACGCAACCUGACUGACAACGUCACCACUUCUUUUGUGGCCAAUGAAGAGGGGCUGUUCAGUAUCGUCAGCGUAUUGACAGUCGUGCUGGAGCCCAGCAGCACCUACAGCUGUCAACUGAUCAACCCACUGCUGGGCGAGGAGGGAUAUGCCUCUGUCACGAUCACAGGUCAGAACAUCGCCUUCCCCCCAGUGGCUUUGUGGGUAACUGUUGGCCUGGCCGUGUGUCUGCUGGUCCUGCUCAUUGCCCUGGCUGCUGUCUGCCGCAGGAAGAUCAAGGAGAGCUGCGAGGAGGCCAGGAGAGAAGCUGAAGAGGCCAAGGAGCUGGAAGAAGAGGAGUCAAAGACAGCCAUGACACCACUGAAGAGCUAAGGCCAACACUAUAAAGGAGCCAGGACCAGGCAGUGGGUAGGAGAUGAGUCUGGCGGGUAAUCCCACUCCACCUAUCCAUCAAUCUGGAGACUAUUUCCAGCGUCCCCUACAGAAUGUCAAAGCCUCGCUGAGCAGAAGAUGAGUCCAUCAUUUUCUUUCUAAGACUUUCCCUCGAGUUUCCAUCAAAACACAUAAACACAUCACGUGCCAUUAUUUCUUAUACCGUCCUCUCUCACUCUCUGUCAAUGGAGGGCCACAGCAGUGAGUGAGCGAAUGCAGUUGACUGAGUUGUAUUCUCUGCAGUAUGCAAAGCAGAAGCUCAGUUUGAAAACUACAGGAUGUGACAGAUUCGUCUCUCUGUCCCUGACAUCGCUCGGUAUGAGUUGUGAUGGGGCAUGUGCCAGAGAUCUCCUGUCUAAAAAGAAGUAAGACACUUAAAGAGAUGACCCUGCCUUUGUUGCUGUCACUGUCUCUUUGCCAGAGAGAGAGCUUGGCUCUUCCAUUACUCCUGCACUUGCUAAUUAGCGUCUGUCGCUGGAGUAACUUGUACCUGUCAGUGUGUGCUGCUCUCCUAUAUUCAGUAACUUGAGGGAAUUGAAAUUGAAUGCCAGCUAAGCUCCAACAAACUGCAAAUGGUCCAUAGGAUACACCCUGAUUUUCUCACUGACCUGACAGACUUAUAUGUAAGAAAUUGUUUUUAAUGAACACAGACUAUCUCAGCUAGUUUCCACUGCUAGUAUGGAAUGUUUUAUUUCUUCAGUAACGAGGCCAGGGGCCUGCACAGGUUGUUUUAUUACAUUUUUUAGGUACUUGUGCAAGUCCCGUGCCUUAUGUCCAUGUAUGAAUGCCAAAGCCAUUUGUGUCAAUAACGCAGUGCCUAUUUACAUUAAAAAGACAUGGUGAAACUG